UUCAUGACCCGAUGGGGCAGCAGCCAGACAAAUUUUGAAGAGCAGAAAGUCAAACAUACCUUUUUGAACAUGUGCACUGAAAAAGUUCUGCGCGGGAUGGGCUACAAAUUGGGGGUGACAAUCGGCGAGGGAAGCUACUCCAAAGUCAAACUGGCAAGCUCCCAGAAACACAAUUCUGAGGUCGCCAUAAAAAUUGUGGACCGCAAAAAGGCUCCUCACGACUUUGUCCACAAGUUUCUACCCAGGGAGCUGACACUUCUGAGGGAAGUGAGACAUGACAAUAUUGUCCAUGUGCAUGAAUUCAUCGAGGUUUGCAACGGCCGACUAUACAUCGUGAUGGAAGCGGCAACAACGGACCUUCUCCAAAAAAUCCAAGAGGUAAAUUCCAUCCCCAUUGUCCAAGCCAAGACCAUGUUCUCCCAGAUUGUCAGUGCUGUGAACUAUCUCCAUCAACACAACAUCGUCCACCGAGACAUGAAAUGUGAGAAUGUACUGCUGACUAGGGACAACCAAGUCAAGAUCACGGACUUUGGUUUUGGGAGGUUUGCCAUGGGCUAUCCUGAGCUGAGCAGCACUUACUGUGGUUCCGCGGCCUACGCCGCACCCGAAGUACUGCUUGGAGUUCCAUACGACCCCAAGAAAUAUGACGUGUGGAGCCUGGGUGUGAUUCUGUAUGUCAUGGUCACUGGGUGCAUGCCUUACGACGAUUCCAAUGUCCGCAAACUCCCUCGCGCUCAGCGCAUGGCCUUGGUCUACCUGGAUGACAUCACCGUGGAAGAGCCAUGCCAGCUGUUCAUUGCCUAUCUGUUGCAGUUCAGCCCUUCUUCCCGCCCGACAAUCCAACAGGUGGCAGAGCAGUCUUGGUUGCAAUAGGCAAGGAUGUGCAUGAUUAAAUCAUGUGUACCCUAAUUGGAAAUCCGACCACUUUCAUUUGUUAAUUUAGGUUAAUGAUAGCUAUUAGCUGCUGGACAUAUUGUAGGUCUAUUAAUGUGCUAAUUUAUUCAGAUGUAUUCAUGAAGUUAUUUUGUCUUUUGUACAAUAUAAAGCUAUAAGUAGACUGUUGGGAGACAAAAAAAAGCUACAACCAAAAAGUAAAACAUUCAAUAAUUUGUUGGACUGUAGGCCUGGCUACCUUGCAUAGUCUACUUUUCUCUUCCGUUCGUAAUGAAACACAUGGAGCGAACAUUUUUCACUGAACCUACCAACUGACCUGUUGAAACAGAUGAGUCGUAUACCAUUGUAACAAUAUCUGAAGCUUCGUUUACACCUGUAAAUCAGAAGGAUUUGACAGUUGAAUAUGCAACCACGCACAAAUCUACACAGGCACAGCACCUCCUCACUUUUGAAACGCUCAGCUUCAAAAUGUCAAGCAGGAAGACACAGGUAUCUUCUCUUGAACCGAAGAGAGCGCGCGGCCUGUGACCUGAACGUCAACGCAAUCAAGGGGGAAAGACACACUGCUUUGGAGAGGCAUGACCAGACAA